GGACCUGGCCCCAGAUGGGGCCCAGCCACUCAAAAAAAACCCCAGAGACACCCCCAAACCAGACUUUUAACCCCAUCUUUGGAGCCAUGGCAUCUUUUAGGGGCUGUGAUGCCUCACAUCUCCCACAUCAGGCACGAGGGGCAGGGCUGGGGGGGUGCAGGGCUGAGGGGGCAAAGUCCCGCAAGGAUGGGGUUUCCUGAGGGUGAGGGUUGGUUUUUCCCAUUUAAUAUUAAUUUCCUGAUAUUUGGUGAUAAAGUCGCUGCCAAGUUGGUUGAGCAUUGGAGUUCCAGGGUGCCUUCUGUCCCCUCCAGCCCAGCGUUUAGUUACAAGUGGAAGGCAGGUCUUUGAAAUACAGGAUGGCUACUCAGCAGCUAGUCAGGCAAAAGAAGAAGUCCUCUAAGGAAGCAGUGCUGUUCCCGGAUGCCAUGGCCACGGAGCCGCAGUCUCUGGUGCUGGUGAAGAGGCUCCUGGCCAUCUCCGUGUCCUGCAUCACCUACAUGAGGGGGCUGUUCCCAGAGAGCUCCUACGGAACCCGCUACUUAGAUGACCUGUGUCUAAAAAUUCUCCGCGAAGAUAAAAGCUGUCUGGGAUCAUUGCAGAUAGUCAAGUGGAUUCAAGGUUGUUUUGAUGCUUUGGAGAAGCAGUAUCUACGCAUCGCUGUCCUUGCAAUUUACACCAAUCCCAAGGAACCGGAGGUAGUGACUGAACUGUACGAAUUCAAAUUCAAGUAUAAAAAGAAGGUGCCACAGAUGGACAUCAGCAGCAACCACAGGGAGUUUGUGACUGGGCUGUGCAGCGAGGACAUCAAACAGGCCAGCAGGCUCCUGCUCCGUAAGCUCUACCUGCUCAUGCAGAACCUGGGGCCACUGCCCAAUGACAUCACCCUCACCAUGAAACUCCUCUACUACAACGAUGUCACUCCCAAAGAUUACCAGCCCCCCGGCUUUAAGGAAGAUGCCAGCCCUGGUGACCUGUUGUUUGGAGGGGAUCCUGUCAACCUGAGAGUGGGCUCAGUCUCCACCGACUUCCACCUCAUGAAAGUGAGAGUGAUGACUGAGAAGAAGAGGGUGAGGAAGGCUCACAGCAAGCUGAUCCAGAAGAGAAGCCCUACUGAGAUCUCCUACCAAGGGUUAGACUGUGAGGAGGAGGAAGAGGAGGGGAGCACCAAGAAUCACCCUCUCCCUGUCAGCGUAGAUUCAAGUGAGCAUGAAGGGAACAAAAAUAACACCCCCCCAGGCAGGAAAGUGGAAGCACCUUCUUUGUGCCUUCAAGAUACAGGUAGAAAGAAGAAGGCAGGAAUAAAAGAGACAGGCAGGAUGCCUUGCUCAAGGGCAUCCCAGCAGAUAAACCUCCUGAACCUUGCCUUUAGCCAGGAAGAGGUAACAGGACCUGAGAAGAAAAGGAAGGUCAGUGAACCAGAGAAGCUGCCUCUGAACAGCAGGAAAUUAUGUUCAUUCUGACACAGAAUACAUUUUGGAAGGUGUGAGUUUGCACUGUCAUCUGACUGGUGCAGACCUUUCCUUCUCCCAGUGUUUAACCCUUCCGCGUGCCCUGUGUAUUUGUGAAUGUUUGUCUUGUGAAAACUCUGGAUUGCAGAGAGACAACAAGCCCCAGAAUUGUCAUGGCAUUGUCAACAACCAGCCCUUGUUUGAUGUUCUAAAGUUGAGGAUUUAUAAUUCUGUGCCAGUGGUGUCUGUGUGCUUCUUUCUGCCUCCUUCCCUCACACCUCCCACCUCUCACUGGCUAAAUUCUCUCCUCUGGGGCUGGUGUGUCCUGUGCCACUCUGUCACCCGUGUUGAAUGGCACUAUUUCAAGAUGAACUCUGAGGUGUCAGUGCCAGAGAGCACCAAGUCUCAUGAUCCACUAGAUUGUGCUUAACUCCAUCCUAUCUGCUGUUUCCGGAGCAUAGAUUUUUAUUUCAAAGAAGGGGU